CUGAUAUUCGGCCAUGGGAAAGCUAUUCAUCGGAUGGACGUCGAUGGGAAGAACCAGAGGAGGAUUCUGGCUGGGGUGGGAAGACCGAUCCUGCUCGACUUUCAUUAUAGAGAGGAGAGAGUUUACUGGGCUGACAAACACAGUGGGGUCAUUUACAAAGCAUCAGCGGGUGGAGCACACAGACAGAAACUUUCAUCUGACAAACAUAUCUCCGGCCUCGCAGUUGACUGGAUUUGGAACAGAGUAUAUUGGACAAGUGAAGACAAGGGAAAAAUCAAGGCAAUGGAUAUAAACGGGAAAAAUGAAAGGACUCUUUUAAGACACUUGACCAAACCAAGUAACAUAAACGUUGAACCUACUAACAGGUUUCUUUUUUGGCUCUCUGGUGGGAUGACUCCGAGUAUCCAGCGGUGUGAUGUGACAGGAAAGAUGAAAACUACACUUAUAAAGAUAGCAGAAAAACUAGAAGCACUGUCCAUUGACCGAAAGGAAAAAAGACUGUUCUGGGUUCAGUUUGGUCUACAAGGAGAACGUGCCAUUGCUUCUUGUGAUUACGACGGGAACGUUCUGCACAUCAUAGAUCAGCCUCUUAGGUCUCAGUCAAUGGGGAUAUCAGUUUUUCUGGAGCACUUGUACUACACUGAUGCUGCUACUCGGCUUAUAAAACAAGUAAACAAAUACACUGGCGGAGCACCACUGAACUUAAAACAAACCGCAAAACCCCCAGGUGCUAUCAAGGUGGUACACCCCCUCAACCAGCCAAUGACAGACUACCAAUCAUCAUUCCCAGGUUGUGACGAACAGAGUGGAAAUUGCAUGAAUGUUUGUUCCAGUAUAGCCGAGAAAGGGAUCUGCCAGUGCAGUGAAGGCUUUGCUCUAAAUAAGCAAGGCAGUCGUUGUGAAGACGUGAAUGAAUGUGCCCAUUGGAACCACGGCUGCUCUCUUGGUUGUGAAAACAUCCCAGGCUCCUAUUUCUGUAGCUGCCCUAAAGGAUACGCUCUCCUACCGGACAGGAAGACAUGUGGAGAGAUCAUCCCAUGCAGAGGGAAUAUCACGUGUGGCCCUGGAUGCCUGACAACAGACGAGGGGGAUGUGUGUGUGUGUCCAGAGGGAUCGUCCCUGCAGGACGAUGGACAAACAUGUACUGGCUGCUUGUCUGCAGACAGAGGGGGGUGCAGUCAGCUCUGCACUCCUGUCACUCCUGCUAGGUGGCAGUGUGGAUGUCUGCCGGGAUACCAGCUCCACCAAGACGGCAAACGCUGCAUCGCCACAGGUCCACCACCAUAUCUACUAGUUGCUAAUUUUGACAACGUACGGCAAAUUGACCCUGAUGGCUCUGGUGAUCAAACAGUUGUGGAAGAGCCCAGAGGAGCAAUCGUAGCUUUGGACUAUGACCCGGUCCAGCAAAAUGUGUACUUUGCUAGUACGAGCCAGAAGACAAUUGAGAGUGUUAAUUUGAACAGUGGAUCGAGAGACAUUCUUGUCUCUGAUGGUUUGGACUUUCCAGAAGGACUGGCGAUAGACUGGAUCCACCGCAGGAUGUACUGGACCGACACAAGCCAGUCAACUAUUGACUGCAGUAACUUGGUUGGACUGAACAGAGAAACCAUUGUGAGCAAAGGGCUGGAAAAACCAAGAGGAAUUGCAGUUCAUCCUUUGGCAAAGAAGUUAUUCUGGACUGAUAUAGGGGCUGUGCCUGUCGUGGAAAGUUCCUCUUUGAAAGGGAAGCACCGUGCUGUCAUUGCUAGCACUAACCUUGUGUCACCAAGCGGCCUGACCAUCGAUUUCCCGGAGGAUCGUCUGUUCUGGUGCGACCAGAGCACGGGCCUGGUGGAGACGGCUGCUCUGGACGGUUCGGAUCGACAAGUCCUGGUAGAGAACCAAGUAGGACGACCUUUUGACCUUGCCGUAUUUGAGGACAGGUUGUGGAUAUCCGAUCGGGAGCACCAGCAGCUGAGGAGCGUACACAAGCGCACUGGGAGAAAACUGCAACGUAUCCAUGGGAACAUGGUCCAACCAGCAUCCAUUGUGGUGGUUCAUCCCCUUGCUAAACCAGAUAUUGAUGAAUGCAAACAGGAAAUGCACAAAUGUGACAAAAAUGCAGAAUGCCAAAAUGCCAUGGGAAAUUAUCUCUGCAAGUGCCAGGCAGGAUAUUAUGGCAACGGGAAGACAUGUCAAGAGUUGGAGACCACGACACCAUGGCUGAUGACCGGUAGUCCAGCUGAUGUCACCACCGGGCACAACAGUAACUCAGUAGAGAGUUGCCCCUCCUCCCAUGAGUCCUACUGUCUGUACCAGGGUGUCUGCGUCUACUUCCCUGAAAUGGAGGCCUAUGCUUGCAAUUGUGCACCAGGCUUUAUGGGGGAGCGUUGUCAGUUCAGUGACCUGGAGUGGUGGGAGCUUCAGCAGGCCGAGGAGGAGAAGAGGAGGAAUGUGGCGAUCGCGGCCUGCAUGGUGCUCCUCGUCUCCCUGCUCUCCAUCGCUGCCUGCGCCACCUACUGCUACGGAACUAGAACAUUCUUCCACAAACAGCCCUCAGUGGAUAAUGUGAGUGAGACCAGCGUGACGGAUGAGAGCAUGUCAGAGACCACCACCACCAGCGUGCCUGGGUUCUACAUGGUGGCAGAAAACGGCAUGAUGGGAAAGAUCAUCCCUGCGAUGGGCUGUCCCAGAAGAGCCGUCUGUCCAUCCUGCUCUUCAGAUACAGGUGACAUCCCUGUGUCUGAAGGGUCGGGAACAUUGUCCCAACACAACAGAGGGUACGAGUGUUCCAUGGUGUCUGCUGUUGCCAUGGAGACCACGUAUCCACAUGUCCAUCACUCAAGUCAAUCACCGUCAAGCUCAUACUGAGUGGUGCAGGGAUGAAGGUGUUAUGUAAGCCGACCGAGAAGUUUGCAUUUGGAGGAGCUCCCUCGAAAAGCCAUUGGAUUUUCUAUUGGAUUUUAGAUAAUUGCAGAAAAUAAGCUCAGUGACAAAUCAAUGUCUAUGAUACGUAAGGAUAAUCUCCACUUAUUAACCCUGCUUUCAUAAUUGUUGUAAAUGCAAUUGCUACGAGUAGAAGCUAACGUUAGGCUAUGAAGGAAGUGCAUCACAGUCCCAUGGCUUCACGUCACCACUGCUAAGCUAAAGGCGGACUGGAGUUCGGAUUGUUAACGUUAAAUUCUUUCAUUUAGUCAGCAACCUCCAUUUUACAACGCAUAGAGACUCACCAGUAUGUUGCAGAACAAAAUGUGAAACACUCUUAAGCUUUGGGUAACCACAAACUAUGCUAACCAAAAACCCAUUCAAAAAAACUGAUAAAAUGUGAAAUCAUUUCCUGGAUACAGGACUCAUUCCUGCACCACCCGAUCCCUUUAUUUCUUGAAGGUUUUAUACAAAUAAAACCUCACAAAUGAAAGAAAUGUCAUGGAAGAUGUUACUUAGUACCUAACCUAAAUAUAUCUGCCGAUUUCUUUAACAUUCACAUUUUAAUAAUGCCAUGCCAGUUUAUUAAAGCUAUUGUAGACACAUUUAAAUGGAAGCACCAGAUUAAAAAAGGAUGAUUGACAUACAUUGUUUUAAUAUUGCAAGAUGUAGUGACGGCAGUUUGUUUGACCAGUAAAUCAAACUGGACGUAAAG